AGGAACGCGUUUCGCCCAUGUGAAACAAUAAAAAUAAAAUAAAAUGGAGAGCAUAGUAAACAGCAGCUAGGCUAGCUGUAACGCUGAAGUUGCUGCAAAACGUAAAAACCGACACACAGCGCAAGUAACCCAACCCAACCCAACUCCUCCUCCCAUUCAUUUCUUUCUUUCUUACAGAUCUCUAUCCUCUGCCAUUUCUCUGGAUCUCAUCAUUCCCUUUAACAUUCCUCUUCUUCUUUAACCCAACUCUAUCAAAAUCAAAACUAUGUUCCUCUUUGACUGGUUCUACGGCGUUCUCGCUUCUCUCGGUUUAUGGCAAAAAGAAGCCAAGAUUCUCUUCUUAGGCCUCGACAACGCCGGCAAAACCACCCUUCUUCACAUGUUGAAAGACGAGAGAUUGGUACAGCACCAACCGACACAACAUCCCACCUCGGAGGAACUGAGCAUUGGAAAAAUCAAGUUCAAAGCUUUCGAUUUGGGUGGCCACCAGAUCGCUCGCCGUGUCUGGAAAGAUUACUAUUCUAAGGUGGAUGCAGUGGUUUACUUGGUAGAUGCCUAUGACAAGGAGAGGUUUACGGAAUCAAAGCGCGAGCUGGAUGCUCUCCUUUCAGAUGAAGCCCUGGCCAAUGUUCCUUUUCUCAUUUUAGGAAACAAGAUUGACAUUCCCUAUGCAGCUUCAGAAGACGAGCUCCGUUUUCAUCUGGGGCUGACCAAUUUCACUACUGGAAAGGGGAAGGUGAAUCUUACAGAGUCAAAUGUUCGACCCCUUGAAGUCUUCAUGUGCAGUAUCGUGCGCAAGAUGGGAUAUGGCGAUGGCUUCAAGUGGCUCUCGCAAUAUAUCAAGUAGAGUUUGAUCAGAUCAUAUGGCCAUACCGUGUAUUCAUUCUUCUGGGAUUUUUUUUUCUUCAUGUCAUUUUUUGCUGUCUUUGACAACAAUUGAAUUGAAAAUUUGAAAAUUUUGUUCCCUUUUUAGGGCUAAUGAAGACUUUAUCUACUAUUGCAUUAUUAUUCAAUGUGAAUUUGGUUUUUGCAGAACAAGUUUGUAAGCAACUACUACUACUUGUGCUUACGGUUAAUUAGGAUUAUCGUUCUGGA